AUGAAUCAGAAACGCUUUAUUAUUUUAUUUGCUUUACUUAUAUUUUUCCUUAUACAUGUUGAAAAAACUCACGCCUGUUAUCCUUCUGGCAGCAGAAGUUUUGAAUGUAAAAAAGAAUUCGAUGGUGUUAAAAUUAAAGAUGCCAAGUGGUCACCAGAUGACCCAUUACUCAUCAUCACGACUUAUGUUCCUGAUGGUAAAUAUGGAAGAAAUGCUCCAGAAGCAUUUGGCCACUUUACUUUUAAAAAUGAUAAAGUCUAUUAUAGAUUCUUAAGAGAUCCUCACUUUUUCAAUGACCAUCAUUGUGAGAAAAAAGGUCCUCAUGAAGUUAAUCCAUACGUUUCAUACCAUCAAUAUGAGAAAAGUCAAAGACCAGCAAAGGGAACAUGGGUUGAAAUUCGGCUUGCAAUAUAUUGGGGUUGUAAAAUUGUAGGUUUUCCUCCUGGAGGUCCUAUAGACUGUUGUCAUAAAAAUGUAGUCUACAAAUCACUAGUACAAUAG